CUUCUCUGGAAACGUUGUGCUAACUUCCCCCCCGUCCCCCUCCAGGUCGUGGCCAUCAAAGGCACCGUGGAGUCCAUUCCCAUCAUGCUCGUGGGCAACAAGAGCGACGAGACGGCCCAGCGCGAGGUGGAGGCGAAGGAGGCCGAGGCCCAGGCCACCGCCUGGAAGUGUGCCUUCAUGGAGACGUCGGCCAAGACCAACUCCAACGUGAAGGAGCUGUUCCAGGAGCUGCUGUCCCUGGAGAAGAAGCGGGACAUGAGCCUGGGCAUCGACGGCAAGCGCUCGGGGAGACAGACCCGUGCCGACAAGCUGAAGGGGAAGUGCAGCAUCAUGUAGGGCGGCGGCGGCGUAGAGACGUGGAACAGCAGAGGUAGAAAGGGAGGGGGGGGUCUGCUGAUAGACUCCAGUAGAGACUCCCCCCCCCCCCCUCCCGUGGAUACGUCUGUCUGAACACUGGAGCCCAGAGGACCAAAAUGAACAAGCCCGACUGAUAAUGGACUCAUAUCAGCCCACGGGCCUCAUGGACCUGAACUGGAUUGUGUUUGUGGCCCCAAAAUACUUUUAAUAAACGUAUACACCCCCGUUUAUCUGCUACCACCAUGAAACUAUUAAAGGAAUACUCCACUGAUCUUAAUGUGAGUCCUGAGACGGCCAUGCAUGUAACUUGUAUUUAUAGAUGCAAAAGAUGGAUUUAACUUUAUUUAUCCAAAGGGGAAGUUGGGUGCUGCAGUUGCAGAAAAGCUCCUACAAUUCCCAGGAUUCAUAGCAAACACUGAGAUGUAGUUGCAGAUCUGCACGGGUCUGAAGCUGAGACUCAGGCAGAGCUACAAGCUGAGUCUUUAACCCCCAGUUUUUAAAUGUUUUAUGUCAGAAAUAUUGGGUCCAUAGAAAAGUGACAAGAAUGUCAAAAAAAUGUGACAAAAUAUUGUGAAAAGUGUCAAUAAAUGACAAUAAAACCAUCAAAAACAUCAAAAGAAAAUGUCAAAAAUGUGGGAUUAGUGACAAAACUUCUGAAAAAUCAAUAAAAAUGUUGGAAACAGAACAUUGGAAAAAGCAACAAAGACGUUAAGCUUGGGACAUGGUAUGCGGGAGGAAGAGAAGGGACGGACGGCAGGAGACAACUUCACAAGGUUUUACUUCCAAAACUAAGGAACUAAAACACGGAAUCCAUCAACGGAAACACAA